ACUUGCAAAGUCCCACCGCCAGCACACGACACAAGCAGCUCACAAGAAAAACCAGUCAUCUCCUGAGACGCUCGAAUGGCGAACGCUAAAGAAGUAGAGCUCUUGGGGCUCUGGGUCAGCCCCUUCGUGCGGAGGGUCGAGUGGGCGCUGAAGCUCAAGGGCAUACCCUACGACUACAUCGAGGAAGACAUCCUCAACAAGAGCCCCCUGCUUCUGCGGCUCAACCCUGUUCACCAGACGGUCCCCGUCCUCGUCCAUGGGGGCAGAGUGGUCUCCGAGUCCUUCCUCAUCCUCGAGUACAUCGACGAGACGUGGAAGCACAGCCCUCUGCUCCCUCGCGAUCCUUAUGAAAGAGCCAUGGCCCGAUUCUGGGCUUCAGUUGCAGAGAGCAAGGUUUUAGAGAAUGCUUGGAUUGCUAUGUGCUCUGAGGAAGGAGAGGAAAAGGAAAGAGCCAUAGAAUUAGCCACUGAAGCUUUGGGACACAUUGAAGGAGUGAUCAGAGGCAAGGCCUUCUUUGGUGGUGAAGCAAUUGGGUACUUGGACCUUGCAGUCGGUUGGGUCUCUCUUUGGCUGCCUGUCUGGGACGAGGUCGGUUCGAUGAAGAUCUUCGACCAGGCAAAGUACCCGGCCACCGCGGCAUGGACCGGCAGGUUCAUCGAGCACCCCGUGAUCAAGGAAAACUUGCCGCCGAGGGACAAGAUGGUGGUCUACUUCCGCGAUAAGCGCAGCCGAAUAAUGGCUUCCAAGAGUCAUGCCUAAGCCAAGAUGGUCAUAAGGGAAGGUUCUGUUCUGGUUUAUGUAGAAUGAAGCGAUGCUGAACAUUCAGCAGAUAAUAGUAAUGUGUUGGAUGGAACCAAAUAUUUCCAUAUAUAUAUACAUGGCAAUGGAGUGGGCUGCAUAUUCUUCUUUUCAUCU